GCUUUAAAUGGGACAAUGAAAAAGGAGGAUUAGCUCCAAAUUCUUCAGGACAAGCUAAAACCACCAGGUCGGGUCUUGGGUGCAGUUGGGUGUUCCAACAGAACAAUGACCCGGAACACACCUCAAAAGUGAUUUGACGUGGUUUGGGUGUGAUUUCGGCUGGGCCAACGAUCCGUCCUUCUGCAGGUGGACUUCAGAGGAUACCAACUCUCGCUGGCAGAUCCAGUCCAGCGGCACACCCACCCUCAACACCGGACCCAACAUGGACCAUACAGGCGGCUCAGGGAACUUCAUCUUCACCUCAGCGACGGGUCUCCAGGAGUCGAAGGUGGCCCGCCUGGUCAGCCCGCCGGUCGCCCCCCCGCAGGCGGACCUGUGCGUGUCCUUCUGGUAUCACAUGUUCGGCUCGCACAUCGGCAUGCUGCAUGUCAAGCAGCGCCGGCAGACGGCCGACGGGCCCGCCGACGUCCUGCUCUGGACCGUCAACGGUCACCAGGGCAACCGCUGGAGGGAGGGCCGCGUCCUGGUGCCGCGCACCAACAAGCCCUACCAGGUGGUGAUCGAAGGCUUGGUGGAGAGGAAGAGCUGGGGAGACAUCGCCGUGGACGACGUCAAGGUCCUCAAUGGCCUCAGUGCCACGGACUGUAAAGAUCCAGAUGUUCCCACUGAGCCUAUGCUGCCCGAGGACAACUUUAAUGAGAUCAUGGAGGAGAUCACCGAGUACCCGGACUUGGUGGAGACCAACCAGAUCAGCGGGGCGGGCAACAUGCUGAAGACCCUGGACCCCAUCCUCAUCACCAUCAUCGCCAUGUCCGCCCUGGGCGUCUUCCUGGGCGCCAUCUGUGGCGUGGUCCUGUACUGCGCCUGCUCGCACGGCGCCAUGUCGGAGAGGAACUUGUCCGCCCUGGAGAACUACAACUUUGAACUGGUGGACGGCGUCAAGCUGAAGAAGGACAAAGUGAGCGUGCAGAGCUCGUACUCGGAGGCGUGAGGUCACGUGGACUUCCUCUUCUCCUUGACGGGAGGCGGACUCUGAGGAGCGCCCGUGGUGCCUCCGCGCAGGAGGCUUGGACUUUUUCUCAGGAGCUGCAGUGACACUGUAGAACCACCACUAGGGGGCACUGUGUACAAAGGUCAAUACAGGAAACAUGUACAGAUAAUUUAGAUGAAAUUUUUAUUUUGUAUUUUCAUUUUUACAAUCGGAUGCUGGUGUUGAGACCAAUUUAUUAAUAAUGUAUUUAUCAUUUUCUGGAAAAUAAAUGUGUGUUUUUUGUGGGGGGGGGAAGUUUUCAAAUUAAAAUCCGAACUAAAUGAAGCGGCAGACAGGGUGAGUCCUCCACAUGAUCCAUGCUUCUGACAGUGCCUUUAGUACUUUUCUACUGUACUUGCUCUAAUUUAUGAAGGUCACAUGAUCAUAUAAAACACCUGCAGAGUGGGAUCCAA